GUGCAUCUGACCUUUCCGUGUAUCGCAUAUUGCGUACCCUAUGCACCAUCACAAUUGAACCUGAUAGUUUGGAGCUAUUAUGCAGAUCAGUCGCUUGUCACAUCUAUUGGCCGAACAGAAGAACAUCACAGACAGUCUGAAGGAGAGAGUUGCACAACUUGAGGAGAGAAACAGAGACACAGCUUGUCCGGUUGGCUACCAGCGGUUCCAGAGGACCUGCUAUCGUUUCUCCACUGAUCAGAAACCGUACAGCGAGGCACGGGCCAUUUGUCAUGGAGAGGGUGGUCGCCUAGCAACAGUGAAGGAUCAGGAGACACACGACUUCCUGACCAAUCACGUGAGAGCUACAACUAGAGCAAACACCUGGAUCGGGCUGAGUGAUCAAGAGGCAGAGGGGCUGUGGGUUUGGGAUGAUGGUACUUCACUGGUUGGUGAUGGGAUAUGGGCGACUGACGAACCAAACGGUGGCACAAGGGAAAACUGUGCUCACAUCAAGCCUACUAGGGACUACCGCUGGAAUGAUGGUCCAUGCCCAAGCUCUAUCUACUACAUCUGUGAGUUCAUUGCUUAGACAGAUAAGAAGGGCUCCAUGUGACUCAAAGUCAAGGGGAAGACCAAUGUCUUUGUAACUGCGUUUAUGCUCUUAUGUACCCAUGUAUUCCAGUAAACACCAUAAAUAUAUCAAUCAUUAUAU